UUUUCGACAUGUAUCUUGGUUUCUUAUGUUUUCGUUCAGUAGUUAAGAGUAUUGUUUUACCAUGCAAAAGUAUUUUGGUUUUAGUGCAUUACUCAAGUUGCUCAAAAAUUCCUGUAGAUUGAUGUGUAAAAAUGUUUAAAUGUCUACACUAUGACUUAAAUAUGAUGUGUUGGUGUCAGUCACAUUACUCUGUUGACCCUAAAUACAGCAGACUGUCAUGUCAUGUACUUAAAAACAUUAUGUUUACUUGUGCUUGGAUUUACCUUCCUCGAGUCUCUGUUUUAGUCAAGUUUCCUCUGUUACCCCUUGCAUUUGUUUUAUCGUGAAUUUGUUAUUUCCUGUUUUAUUCUGACGUCCAUUUCCUCGUGCCUCUGCACUUCCUGUCCUCCUCUUGUCUUUGGUGUCUUUACUUUCCUUGUGUCUCCUACCCUGGUGAUCGUCCACACCUGUUCCGGUUGUGGCUCACCUGUGUCUCCUCACCUGUUGCCCUCUUCUGUGUCUAUUUAGUCUCUAGUCUGUUCUUCUCUUUGUCUUGGUCAGUCUGUAUGUCCCAGUCAGCUUUCAGCUCGGUUUGGAUUCAUUUCCAGCUUUUCUUUAGUCUGCCUGAUCUGCAAAAGACUUUUGUCAACUGGAAUCACUCAGCGUGGUGUUUGCCAUUUCCCCCAACAUCUUCCUCCUGAUGUCUCCUCACUGCUGUGGACAACUAUUGGUGAUUCAAGUGGGACCUGGGCUGCAGAGCGCGCAGUUUUCUCCAAAGACAAACUAGAGAGAAGGGGAAGGCUGCGACCUUCCAGCCUUCAAGGACUGACAACACUGAAAGGGUGUAACAGAGUCUGCCAACUGUCCCAUGGCUCUGCAGGAGCUCGGCAUCAGCCUAUCCAUGAUAGGUGUUGCUGGGACCAUCCUGAUCUGCACUCUGCCCAUGUGGAAGGUGACAGCAUUCAUCGGCACCCAUCUGGUGGUCAUGCAGGUGUUCUGGGAAGGUCUGUGGAUGACCUGUGUCAGUGAGUACACCGGUCAGCUGCAGUGCAAGCUCUACGAUGCCCUGCUGGACCUGUCGCCCGACCUGCAAGCAGCACGCGGCCUCAUCUGCAUCAGCCUGGUUCUGGGAUGUUUGGGAUUCCUCAUCUUCCUGCUGGGAGCACGCUGCACCAACUGCCUGAGUCACCCGAGUGUCAAGGCUCGGGUGGUGCUGAGCUCUGGUGCCAUCUUCUGCCUGGCGUCGCUGACCACCGUUGCCGCCGUUUCCUGGACGGCCAACUCCAUCAUCAGUGACUUCCACAACCCACGCGUGCCCGAGGCGCUAAAGAGAGAGCUUGGAGCAGCCAUAUACAUCGGCUUUGUGACCUCUGGGCUGCUGUUCUGUGGGGGAGCUAUUCUGUGCACGAGCUGCCCACCACAGAGGGCCAGGUUCCCCUCCAAUGGGUACGCACGUGGCAGGCCGCCCCCACAGGACAGCUAUGCCAUCAAGAACUAUGUCUGAGGGGAGAAACAAACACAUCUGCGAAAUGUAAUGCAAUUGGCCAUAAACAGAUUUAGUGAAAAACAUAAACCAAUAUAUUGACACGCUAAAAUAUAGGAAAGAACUAUGCAGUUAUGCAAUACAUUUCAAUGUUGUUAUUUUUCUUCGGGGUGAGAUUCAAAGACCAUCAUUCUGUCCACAGUGCAGUCAGUACCAGCCAUCUGCGGAUGUUUGUCAGUUUUUGUGGACUUUCAAUGUUUUUUCAUGAAGUUAUAUUAUAAGAUUUUCAUAAAGGGGGAACAAAUUUGACUAUGUCUUAUACAGCAAUGACCAAAAAAGGUAUUUCUACUUUAGAAAAAGAAGCAAUCUGUCCCAGUGAAACACCAUAUGGAAUGAAGUAUGCAUUUGUUGCCAGUUCCUUUCACAAAUAAAACUAGAGAAUAGAUUUGUAACACCUGUAGCUGGAUGUACAUGUUCCUCCCCAGUAGAAAACGACAUUAAUCAUGUCUUGGUCACCCAUAUGUUGUGGAAAUUAUAUCAGUCAAUAUUUGCCACUCUGAAAUCUUUUGUGUGCUCAUGAUUUGCAUCACAGAAUUCAAAAUAAACACUGAAGAGUAAACAUGUGCCAGUUGAAUUACUAUUGUGCAGUGAGAAAUCCACAGUCAGCCACACUCCUACUGUGAGAACACAAACUUUAAUUUCAGUGAGAAUGUGUGGCUCUUUAGAUCAAAUCUCUCAGAAACGCAACACAGUGCUUG